ACUUGACAGUAAUUAGUCCUAUUUUGGGUAUAAAAACAUGACAGUCCUAUUUUGAAAUUUUCAAACUUUUUUAGUCCUAUUUCGGGAACUUUCCCUUUGAAAAUCAACAUUAAUUUCAUCUGAAUGAGUCAUUAAAACUUUCUUCUGUUAAUUCUAUUGGGGGAAUUAUCUGCUCAAAACAGGACUGGGCGGGCGGGCAAGCAGAGAAUAACAAAACAAAAAUGAUGAAAAGUAGUACUAAUAAUGUGCUCCUACCCCUUAUCAUCAUGGUCGUCUUCUUCUUUCAUCUUCUCCAAGGAGUGAUUCCAUCCUCUGAUCUGGAAGCGGAUAAAAAAGCCCUGGUUCAGUUUGCAAAGAACAUGGAUGCUGUUCCGGGAGCAGGAAGCAGCCGGAAAGUGAUGACGGGUUGGAGCAUGAAGGCCCCAAUUUGCACGUCUUGGGUCGGCGUGAAUUGCAGCGGCAGCCGUUUAGAUGGAAGCCGGCGGCGGGUAGUCGGAGUGAAUCUCGGUGGUUUCGGAAUUCAGGGCACUAUACCGGAGAAAACAAUCGGGAGACUGGACGCUCUGGAAACACUGCGCCUGGAGGACAACCGCCUCACCGGAGCUAUACCGGCGGACCUCACCGUCGGAAACCUCCCAAAUCUGAAGCACUUGAAUCUGAGCAACAACCGCUUCAAUGGCUCCAUCCCCUCAUCUCUGUUCACACAUUUUCCUGCUUCUUCAUUUGCCAAUAAUUCUUUGCUCAGUGGACCCCCCAUGAAUCAUCAUCAAAUGACUACUUCCUCUUUGGUUUCUGUGAAUCUCAAUUCCCAGCAGCAGCCAUCGCUUAUUGGUUCAGUGGAUCAUUCUUCAUCACAGACAUAUACUGUCAGGAAAACCAAAUUUAACCUGAAACGUUUUUUACUUGUCUUUGUGCUUCCAACAGUUGUUCUAUUGAGUCUACUCAUUAUUUGGUUGUGCAAGCGUAAAUGCAAUUUGCUGGGCCGGCCCGAAGUAAAGUCCGAGAGCUCAACCUAGAGCCCAUGAAAAAGGAAGACUCACUUUUAAUUCAUUUGAUGCACCAUCAAUAAUUCCAAGGAAGCUCCAUCCAUUCUUUGGUCCUUGGAAGAUGUAUUGAUCUUACACCUCUUCAUCUUCAGCUCCCUUGUGGCUUCGGGCCGGGGGCGCAUAUGAGGCCGAACUAAUGGCUGUACACAGGCUUUCUGUAUCAAUGGGUUCGAUUUAACAGGAGAACUAAAAUAAGUAUUAAAAAGAUAGGAGUAUAUCUAUAUCUAUCUAAAUUUAAUAUUGUAACUGUGAUUAGUAAAUGAAGGAUUACAAGUAGAAUCACCCUAGAUUUUCUUUCGAAUCCAUACAAAGGGCGCUACUCUUAGAGCAUCUCCAAUGCUAAAACGUUAACGGUGCAUAGUGGCAUGGAAAAUAACCAAUUAAAAAACAAAAAAUA